AUGGCGUCUUCUCUUCCUACACUGCCCCGAGUCUUACCUUCCUCAUCAAGCAAACCUUCUUCUCCCUUCGUUAAGUUCAUAUCUCCUACCCUCAAGACCACUACUUCCACUUCCCUCAUCCCAUCUUCUAUCUCCCUCUCUUCACGUCGCACAUCUUCCAUCAUCCCACGUGCCACUGCCUCCUCCUCCUCCGAAGUAUCCAACUCUCUAGCCAAAACCACCUUCCACGGUCUCUGCUUCGUCUUGAAAGACAACAUAGACACCGACCAGAUCAUCCCAGCAGACAAAGCCACCAUCUUCCCUUCCAACCAACAAGAACGUGACGAGAUCGGCUCCAACGCUCUCUCCGGUCUACCAGACUCCCACAAACCCCGCUUCGUUGAGCCAGGAGAGAUCAAAUCAAAAUACUCCAUCAUCAUCGCCGGUGAGAACUUCGGUUGCGGAUCCUCACGUGAACAUGCUCCUGUCUGUCUAGGAGCAGCUGGAGUUAAAGCUGUUGUUGCUCAGACUUACGCAAGAAUCUUUUUCCGUAACUCGGUGGCUACUGGAGAGGUGUUUCCGCUUGAGUCAGAGGUUAGAGUCUGCGACGAGUGUACUACAGGAGACACGGUGACGAUCGAGCUGAGAGAUAGUGGUGGUUUGUUGAGUAACCACACGACCGGUAAGCAGUAUAAGCUGAAGGCGAUAGGUGAUGCUGGACCGGUUAUUGAUGCGGGUGGUAUCUUUGCUUAUGCGAGGAAGAUGGGGAUGAUCCCAUCUCCAUCAGUAGCUUAACUCUUUUCACAUGUGUGUAAAGAGUUUUGUUCUCUUUCACUUAGUUGUUGUUGUUUAUGUAAUGAAUAAGAAAACAUGUUGCAAGAAAAUGAUUGACAAACAAUGUGUUUCAAUUGAUCACAUAUUAGUUACCAAUAUGUGAAAAAGGGUUGUUUGUUUUUAAAAUGAUAUAGUUAUCCUUGUGUUUGUGUUAUAACUUAUUUUAGCUUGAUAAAUAAAUCUGGCUGAAUCAGUAUUAUUUCUGAACAUAGCUAUUUUUACAAAAUCACUCUAUGAGACUUAUAUAGUGGAAUAU